GGUAAAUACAUGGUUUACCACUUGCAAUUCGGCGAUGGCAAGGCGCAAGGAACUCAUUUGCCGAAGAAAAAUGCCUUUCAAUCUCUUAUGAUGUAGCAAGUUUCCAAAGUUUGGCCAGCAUUCAUGCCCAUACAAAGACCAAAUAGACGUUUUUAACUGCACAACAGUAUCAUAAGAUGGCUGCAAGAAAACAACUUGGGGUGGACAGUGGCAUAUAAAUCACUUGGUGAAAACUUAAUCAGCGUUUUAGGUAUGUAUAAACACAAACACACACAUGCACACACUUUAAAAAUAUAAUUUCAUAAAUAUAAAUAGUCCUAAGUAUUAACGAAUUAUACACAUGUAUAAAUAUGUAUUUCUACAUGUUAACUGAAAUUUCAUUUCAAAUUUUAACAAAUACAUAAAUAUUUCAUGGUGAUAUUCUAAAUUACUUUCAAACAAAUUAUAAUAAUUUCAUGGAUAUAAAAAUAUUCAAAUCUAAUUCAUUGUGUUUAUUUUUCCUUAGAUAUUUUAGAUAAUAAAUUGUCAAAAUAUAAAAUGUGCCACUGCAAUAGUAUGAAAGUAUACACAUCUUUCAAUUCAUUAUUUCAUGUGAACUUGUCUGCUACCAGGCGAUGGCCUUUGGAUGGUUGAUCCCCAUACAACAAACCUGAAGCUGCAGCAGUGUAUGCUGCCUCCAGAGUUUGAUAUUUUUCAAGGUUACAACAUCCCCAAAAGUCACCAACAUGUCCCAAAAAACCUGUCAGCAGAUGAACUAACAGUCUCAUCGCAACGCCUCUUCAACAUUCUUGAACAGGUAUUGAUAAAUUUGAAUCUAAAUAUUUUUCAUGAAUGUAAUAUGAGAGCUUUGAAAACAUCUUAAAAUUUCAUUGUAGUAUUUACACAUUUCAAACUCUCAAUUAAAAAGUAUCAAAUAAUACUAAUCCUCAAAGUCACUCUGAAAUAUUUCUCUCUUUCAGUCUUGGAUUCAGUCCAGUGCAUGGAAAUCUGUCUAUGAAGCAGUCAAGAUGUUUGCCUCAUCCCUCACUAAGUAUUCAGCAUACUUGAGCAGUCAAAGUGUUGGAGAAUCACAAGCAGACAGUAGUGGUGAGGAAAUUGAGUGAUGCAGUGGCAGUGUUCAGACUUCCACAUAGACUUCAACAGCGUUUUGAUGUGGCCAAACAACUUUCAGCUAUCACAAGCCUACUGUCUCCAUUGGAGAACUUUCAGUUUGUUUCUAUCAGUGAUGUGCUACCGAUUGACAGACAAGAGCGGUUCAAAAUCACAGACCUGCUGAAAGCAAAUGGUCUCACAUUCAAGUCUGUACUCUACUCACACUCACCUGGUUGCAGUAUUCCAAAUUUGCACUUUAUGUGGAAGGAGCCAGUAGACAUUUCUGAGAAUGAAUCUGAAACAAAGACUGCCCAGUUGUCUGCUGAAAUACAACAACUUGUGCCAAAUUACCAUACAAGAGCCAUACGUUGCGUUUUGCAGAAAAGAUCAGUUUGGUUGCCACCAUGAAACCAGUGUAUGUGAGGGAAAUCUAUGCUUAGUUGACUGGUGAUGCAACAACCUCAUCGUCCUCUUCUGACAUUGACAGUCGUGCUAAACUUAUGAUGGAGCUGAAAGAUCCAAAAGUGGUAGUUGACUUGCGAGAUCAUAAUCCAGGGCGUCCUCCCGUUUAUGGCAGGUUCUUUGAUGAAGUCGGGAAAUAUGUGAACAAUGUUGUAGAGACAGCUGUACAUGAACGAAGACAUGAAUCGGUCACCUACCUAGCAAAGGCCAUGUCCAUUUCACAUUUGCUGAAUGAAGUGAAGAAAAGACUUCCUCCUGAUACAUCAGUCCAAUCUAAACAGUGGCUUCGUCUGCAGUUUUGGCCCAAAAACCCAACAAGCAAAGCUUCUUUGCAGUAUACCAGGGACUUGGAGGUUAAGUAUAUGGUUCAACAGAGACAACUCCGUAAACCACAUGUUGAUGUUCAUUAUGCAGCAGCAUACUUCAAAUACCUGAAAGAAUAUCCUGUGGACUUCAGGGAUCAUUUCACAAUGUUCUGUGUAGACGACAAGCACAAAGUGAAAGUUGGAGAGCCAGGAUGUCCUGUUGCUGCUGUAGAUAGAGGACGGCAGGUGUUGGUUGGAUUGAAUGAAAUAUUUCAAGUGGCAGAUCAUGACUUUACCAAGUUGUCGCUCACACCUAGUGUGUGUCUUGAAGUGGAUGUACCCAAAGAUUUGUGUGGAUCAUUCUACAGGGGCACUGUACAUGUGGGCCUAAAGGACAGUGUGUUUCAGCCAUCCUCUCCACCACGCCAUGCAGUGGAACAGAAGUCUAUCAUUGGUCAAGAACCAAAAGAGAUCUUGCUUUUGUACUCAGAUGGUGGGCCUGACCACCGAGUUAACUACCUGUCUGUUCAGCUAUCUAUCAUUGCCCUUUUCCUUGACAAAAACUAUGAUGCUGUUAUUGCAGUUCGCACACCACCUGGACAUUCAUGGAUGAAUCCAUGUGAAAGAAUAAUGUCUAUGCUUAAUCUCUCUCUGCAGUCAGUUGGUGUAAUGAGAAAGGCUUUGGACUCAAACCUUGAAACCCACCUGAUGAAAUGUAACAGUAUGCAAAACAUCAGGGAUGAUGCAAAAAAGGUCCCAACACUCAAAGAUGCUGUUAUUGACAGUGUUCAGCAGCCAAUUCUUUUGUUGACAGAAUUAUUUACGAAUUUGUCUCUGAAAGAAGUCCCUUUGAAAUCUACCCAAGUGCAUCAGAUGAAGACCUCAAAGAAUUUGCUGGUAAUCUGAAUGUGAUAGAUGCUACAUUAUCACCUGACAUGACAAAGAAAAUGGCUCAGAAGUUACCCAAAUUCCUUCAAUUUAUGGAAAAACAUUGCCAGGAAAGACACUAUUCCUUCUGUGU